AUGUCCGACGGCAACGUACCGAAAUCCGCGGCGGAGACCGCGUGGCACGAGCGGAGGAAGGCUGUGAUGGAGCGCACCGGCGCCGACGGGACCGUAGCGGUGAGAGGAACCACCACUCACCCGCCCCACACCGAAGAGACCAUGGCGGGCGUCCGGGUGUUGAUGAUCACCCAAGAGCGCGACGACGCGCUGAAGCACGCGUUCGCGUUCGUCUGCUGCGAAGACUCCGACGCCGACUCCUACGACUCCAACAACACACACGUCUACACCACAGGCUCGGGGAACGAAGUUGUGUUCGGCAUAGAAGGCGAAGUCAAGAAGGCGACCGCCUCCAAGCUCACGAAGCCCCAAAAGUUCGACAGACUCUGCAUGCUGACGUACGCGCUGCUCCAGGAGGACACGUGGUCGAGGGACAACGAGUGUUGGGGCGACGGGGACGAGAUGCAGUCCGCGUGCAAGAAACUCGCGGCGUCGUGGAAGAAGCUCCUCGGAGAAAACGCCGCCGCGGACCUCGGCGCGGACGAGGAAUUCACCGAGCCCGGGGUGCACGCGCUGCUGGAGGACUUCCAGGAGAUGUUGAACGACGCCGGGUCGGACACCGGGGUGAAGUACCCGUUCAAGUGGAGGCCGUGA